GCACUGAAGAAUCUCCAAAAUAAUGAAGAAAUUCCUCAUUCUGUGUUAUUUAUUCAUGGGGAAAUUAGUGAAAAGUGCCAAAGGAAUACCCUUUUAAUCACUCUCAACAGCUUCUACAAGGAAAAUUACCUUCUACCUGCGAGGCUUUUAUACACGUGAGAAUGUCUGUGAUAAUUCGAUGAAAUUAACCAUAUGGGGUUCACAAUACUUAGAGAGAGAGACUGGCGUGAAAUUCACCAUAUAGUGAGAUUUUCCAUUAUAUAAAAACAAACUGUGAUAACACACACUUUUAUGUCAUGUUUGCCUCUCUAUCUCUAUCCCAAUACAUAAGAGCUUAACCAAGAAAUAAAAAACACAAAAUUAGCGAUAAAGUGCCCACAAGGAUUGUCAGUCAAUCAGUUGAAAAGUGAAUUUAGUGCAAUUGAGACGUUUUUUUUAGUUCGUUGUGAAUAAAGUUCUCUUGAAAAGAAUUGAAGUAAUUUAAUUGAAAUACAGUAAUAGUUCCAUCAGUGAGACGACAUUUUCGAAUAUUGAGUGCAACUAAUUUAUCACACAAAAGGAUAUCGUCAGCCCUCUCUUCUGCCUGAUUUCACCACCCCCAUUCAACUCCUAAAAGAGAGUGCCUUCAAUACUAUUAAUGUGCUUGUGAACUUUCAAACUUUCAACGUAACCAUAUACAUAAUAUAGGGCUGCCUUCGUGAAAAAUGGAACCCAAAUUAUCAAUGAAGACCGUUAAAGGAUAUCCAGAUUUACCCGCGAACGACAAAAUCAAUACGAUUCAUUUUCUAAAUGCAUCCCGGGAGGUUGUUGCUGCUUUUGAAUCAUUUGGGAAGCUCUUCAAACCCGUGGUGUAUGACAUGAAUGGCAAUAUUGAGAAACUCCAUAAACACUAUAUUCAGGACAAGAUGGGGAAUCAGUUUCUCGACGAUAUGCUUGUGAAUGAUGCGAGAAACAGACGAUUAAUUGUUGAACCACUACUAUGGCUGAAAAGAGCAUUGGAAAUGAUUGAGGCAUUUUUCACCAACAUUCUCAACGACAAUUCCAAACAGGAAGAUUUAAGACAACACAUCCGCGAUGCAUACAAAUGCACCCUGCAGCCAUACCACGGGUGGAUUGUCCAAGAAGCAUUUUCCGUAAUUUAUCGAUGGGUACCAACAAGAAGCCAAUUAUUUGGACAAGGAGCAAAACAUUCAGAAAACAUGCAAUACCUAGAAAUGUUCCUUUUACCUCUCCGUGCGCAUUUGCAGCGACUAAAUAACCUCUACACAGCCCAUAGUUUGCAUUCAACGAAAAAAGCGUGAUACUUUUAUAUAUAUUUUUAAAGUAAAAGAUGAAAAAUAAAGUAAAUCAUACGUAUGUCCAAAGGUUGACAAUAAAUAAUAUAAUAGCACCU